GAACCUUUGUGUCUCGGUCUACUUUGAUGUUGCUCGGCCUAUUUUAGUUUAGCUUAACCUGCUAACCGCUAACAUAGAGGCGCUGUGAUCAACAACACGUCGUUGAGCAGAGCUCGAAAGCGUAAAGUGUUGUUUUCAAUUUUCGUGUGAAAAUGUGUGCAAGAAGGACAGCAGAAUACGAGGAGGAACUUUGUGUAGAGAAAGAGGAACACAAGGGACAACGUCAACUGCUGGACGCCAUCGACAGGAUGCAGCCAAGAAUUGUUCUUCACAGAAUAGACAUCAGUGAAGAUGUUGGUCCUGAGCGGCAGGAUGCAGAGCCCUCUCAAAUUAAAGAGGAAGAGGAGAGCAGACAGGUCUCCCACUUUAAAGAGGAAGAAGAGAAGCAGGCCCCUUACAUAAAAAAAGAGGAGGAGCCAGAGCACACUUGCACAAAAGAUGGUGACAGCACAUCGUCAAAUGUUGAUGAUGAUGAUGAUUACGAUGAUGAGAAUGAUGAUGAGGAUGAAGGGUCAGAUGAUGAUCUGACAUGUCACAGUCAUAAGAAACCCUGGAAAUGUGCUCGGUGUGGAAAAACGUUUGCUGAUAAGCGUGCUUUGAAAUCACAUAUGGGAAUUCACAUUGGUGAGAAACUGUUCACCUGUUCAGACUGUGGCCGGAAAUUCUCUCAGAAGGGAAACUUAAAAAAACACACCAGAAGCCACUCUGGUGAGAAACCUUUUUCAUGCACUGACUGUGGCCAAAGAUUCACACGAAAGGAUCACUUAAAAAAUCACUCAAGACAGCACACUGGUGAGAAACCUUUCGCCUGCUCACAUUGUGGCCAAAGAUUCUGUCACAAGGGUAACUUAAUAAAACACUCAAGAAAGCACACCGGUGAGAAACCAUCCUGCUUUGUUUGUGGCCAAAUAUUCUCCUACGAGCAAAGCUUAAAAAACCACAGAAGAACUCACAUUGUUGAGAAACCUUUCGCCUGCUCAGAUUGUGGCCAAAGAUUCUGUCAGAGGGCUCAGUUAAUAAGACACUCAAAAACGCACACCGGUGACAAACCAUUCUCUUGCCGAGAUUGUGGCCAAAGAUUCUACCGUUUGGUACACUUAAAAAGGCACAGAAGAACCCACACUGGUGAGAAAACUUUUGCCUGCUCAGAUUGUGGCCAAAGAUUCUCUCACAAGGAAAACUUGUCACAAAAGAACACAUACUGCUGAGAAACCCUUUUCGUGCUCAGUUUGUGGCCAAAGAUUCUCUCAGAGAGGAAACUUAAAAGUACACUUAAGAACCCACACUGGUGAGAAACCGUUUGC